AUCAAGCACCUAGGCAUGCAGACUGCUUCUACAAACAUUUGUGAAAGAAUGGGACACUCUCAGGAGCUCAGUGAAUUCAAGCGUGGUACCGUGAUAGGUUGCCACAUGUGCAAUAAGUCCAACCAUGAAAUUUCCUUGCUACUAAAUAUUCCAUGGUCAACUGUUAGUGGUGUUAUAACAAAGUGGAAGCAACUGGGAACAACAGCAACUCAGCCACAAAGUGCUGGCCACAUUAAAUGACAGAGCGGGGUCAGCGCAUGCUGAAGAGUACAGUGUGCAGAAGUCUCCAGCUGUCAGGGUCAAUAGCUAAAGACGUCCAAACAUCAUGUGGCUUUCAGAUUAGCACAACAGUGCACAGAGAGCUUCCUGAAAUGGGUUUCUAUAGCCAAGCAGCUGCAUCCAAGCUUUACAUCAAGUGCAAUGAAAGCGUCGGAUGCAGUGGUGUAAAGUAAGUCGCCACUGGACUCUAGAGAAUGGUACUUGCCUGACUGCAUUGUGCCAAGUGUCAAGUUU